AUUCAAUAACUGCGGACCCCAAACCCCACAUUCCAAUACAGCUUUGAAGCACUACUUUCGAUUCCGUCGAAUAUAUUGCGUCACUCUACUCAUUCUGCUCUCUCUCUCUCUCCACCCGCUCCGAGGAGGAAUCGCUCAGUGAUUCAGGCGUUUCUCGGCCAUGGAGAAUGGAGAUCCGGGGCUGGAAGAUGGGACAAUUGAUGUUGAGGAUCUGCUUGUAGAACCCCCACAAGACGGGCAUCUGUCGAUGGAUAAUGUCAUAUGUUUCGAUGAGAAGAUCGCAAAGAAUGCAAUGGCCAUAGUACCUGUUUCCUGCAGUUCUGGUGGGUCGGAUACUGGUAUUGCUCGGGAAGGGAAAGAUAUUCUAAAUGGAGAAGUACUCAAUGCAAUGCCUAUUGAAGCUGAAGAUGGAUACUUCCGACUAGAGAAUGAUUUUUGUAACAUGGAUGAUGAGUACCUUCUCGGUGUUGAGUUUGCAGAAAGUAUUACAAAUUUGGAUUAUGGUUCAAGUGAAGGUUUGCAGGCUUCAGCCUCAGACUGUCAAAUUCAAGUGUCUACUGAUGGUUCUGACACUGGCUGUAGGUCGGAUCUAUAUAGAGCAGGUGAUUUGCGGAAGUGCCAGACUAAUCAUAAGGCCGAGAGCUCCAAAUUCGGUGGUACUCUUAUUCGCCUUGGGUGUGAAACAUUGGAUGAGGGCAACCCUACAGUUUCACCCAGAUCGUGUAGUUUGCAAAAUUCUGGAAAGUCUCGGAACAGUUCAAGCUCUUCUUUUCUAGAAGUUCUGUCCGAUGAGAAUGACGGAACAUUCUCCCUAGCUGAUAAGAUGUUUUACAGCUCAAAGACUAUAAGAAAUGAUGAAAUUGAGUUGUCGGGCCAAAAUGAUGCUACUAAUGCAAUUGAGGGGCAGCAGAUAGUAGCAACAUCGCCAGUUCAAGAAAGUAGCAGUAAUGUCCUUACACAAAAAAGAUCACGCAAGCCCACACAAAGGUACAUUGAUGGAUUAGCUAACCCCAUUCCAACAUAUUCUAAAAGAAAACGAGAGGCUUCUUCUUCUACCAUCAAGGACAAAUCUCUUGGAGGUAAAGAACGUAGGAAGUGUCAUGUGGGACCUAAAGCAAUUAAAGUACCUCCUGAGGAUCCAGAGGAGUUCUCUGUCAUAGCAAUUCAAGUUCCCUUUGGCUCUUUAGCUAACCAAGAACGUUCAGAGAGUCAAUCAAUUGAUACGGUGCAGCAUGUGGAUUGUAGAAAUCCAGUGACCAAGUCGAAAGGGAAGUAUGCUGCUCUAAACAAUAAAUCCGACAAAUGUGUCCCGGCACUUGAACAUAAGAAAAAAGGUGAUUGUGCAGAAGCUCCAUCAAGAAAAAGAGGUGAUUGCAGCAUGGGUCAGAAAAAAACAGACGUUUUUGUUACAGAAUCUCCAUCAAAGAAAAAGAAUGUCCCUGCAGCAGCCACAAAUCAGAAGAAAAGAAACGACUUAGCCCUUGCUGUAAUUCGGAAAAAAAGGGAUGACUGUUUUACAACAGAGAGUCCAAAAAAGAGGGACGACCGCCGCCUUGCUGUGGUGCAUCACAAGAAAAGAGACGACACUUUAACAGGUGAGAGCUCUGAGGAAGCUAGUGGCCGUAGGAAGCAUCAUAGGCUAUGGACUAUUUCUGAGGUCAGAAAAUUAAUCGAAGGUGUUUCCCAAUACGGAGUUGGUAGAUGGAGUCGAAUAAAGAAGCUCUUCUUUGCUGCAUCCGCUCAUCGCACGUCCGUAGAUCUCAAGGACAAAUGGCGGAAUCUGUUGAAAGCCAGCGGUAUGCAGGAACAACGGAGUCAGCAGGGAGAAAAGAAACGGAAUGUGGCGUGGCGGCCUCUGCCAAAGCCCAUCCUGCGCCGCAUCUGUGAACUGGCGACAAUGCACCCUUAUCCGAAAGGUGAGAGGGGGGCGGUGAAGGCUGCUACGCGCGAUUCGACUAGACGGACAUAACGCUGAGUGACUACAGAGGAAUCCUGAGUAGUGUUAAUGGGAAAUGAGAAAGGCAUAUGUUGUACAUCCUUCACCUAACCAUGGAUGAUGUUUUAUUGAUUUUCAACUGUUUCGGAGUUUUUUGACUGAUUUUUAAACAAUGUUACAACGCUUGCUUCUUACCUAA